AUGGGGGAAAUCAAGGUGAUUUCUAGGGGAUUUUCUUCAGGAGGAAAAAAUAGCUUGGUGAGGAAAGAUUAUGCUUGGAGAGCUCGGGUAGAGGAGGAAAAAAUUUGCCUUGUUUUAGCCCAGAAAUGUGUCCCACAAAAUUCUCCCAUCACAUUCACUGAUGAAGAUCUCAAGGGAGUCCACACUCCAAUUGGUGAUCCUCUU